AUGGCGCCUCAAUUGGCUUGGCUAGGUCUGGGGAAUAUGGGCAGGGGCAUGUGCAAGAACUUGGUAGAGAAGGGCAACCUGUCCAACCCGCUGAUCAUCUUCAACCGCACCGUGCAACGGGCCCAUGACCUCGCCGCAAACAUCGGCCAUGCCACCGUGGCGUCCUCCGUGCAAGAAGCCGCCUCGAAAGCCGACAUUAUAUUUUAUUGUCUGGGCGACGACCCGGCAGUGCUCUCUACUCUCGAAGAGGUCCUUAAGACCGACGUCCAGGGCAAGGUGAUUGUGGACUGCAGCACGGUCCACCCUGACACCACGGCCAAGGAAGCAGAGAUGGUAGAAGAAAAGGGAGCCAGUUUCGUGGCGUGUCCUGUGUUCGGCGCCCCAGCUAUGGCCGACGCGGGCCAACUGAUCUGCGUCGUGGCGGGUCAACCUGACGCCGUGCAAAAAGUAAUACCAUACUGCAAGGGCGUGAUGGGCCGCGCCAACGUUGAUUUCUCGGGCCAAGAACCACGCAAGGCGACACUGCUCAAGGUCAUUGGCAACACAUUUGUCCUAGGCAUGGUCAAUGCGCUGUCCGAGGGACAUGUCUUGGCCGAAAAGUCCGGCCUGGGCGUCGACGAGCUCCACAAAUUCAUCGAGGUCAUGUUCCCGGGACCGUACACCGCUUACUCGACCCGAAUGAGGACGGGUGACUAUUACACGCGAGCGGAGCCAUUGUUCGCGGUCGACCUGGCACGGAAAGAUGCGAGGCACGGCAUGCAUUUGGCCAAGCAGAGCGGGUGUCGAAUGAGGCAAGUUGAGGUGGGAGACGACUAUCUGAAGACUGUCAAGGAGACGGUGGGUGAAAAGGGCGAUAUUGCCGGCAUCUAUGGCGCCGUCAGGUUGCAGGGGGGCCUGAAGUUUGGGAAUCAGGAUGCUUAG